AACAGCUAGAGGGAGCCAACAUGGCCGAAUGAGGGGCUGGUUUCGCGGAGCCUCCUCUAGGCCAGCAGAGGAUCCGCCCACCCAUGAGUCAGAGGAUUUUGUGAGGUCUACUAGAAUGACAGCUCAAACCUGUCCACGUCAACACCAGAGAACCACUAUGGAAAUCUCGUCUCUGCAACCCUCACUGUACACAGUGAAAGCUGUCUUCAUUUUGGACAACGAUGGCAAUAGACUUCUAUCAAAGUACUACGACACAGAGCUCUACCCCUCCAUGAAGGAGCAGCAGAACUUUGAAAAGAACGUUUUUAACAAGACACACAAAGCUGACAAUGAGAUUGCCUUCGUGGAGGGGAUGACGAUCGUGUAUAAGUGCAGCAUUGACCUGUUCUUCUACGUGGCGGGCAGUGCACAGGAGAAUGAGCUUAUGCUCAUGGCUGUACUGAACUGUCUGUUUGAGUCCCUCAGUCAAAUCCUAAGGAAAAAUGUGGAGAGAAGGUCUCUACUGGACAACAUGGACGGAGUCUUCUUAGUAGUGGACGAAAUUAUCGACGGGGGGGUGAUCUUGGAGAGUGACCCCCAACAGGUCAUCCAGAAGGUCAAUUACAGGGCGGAUGAGAACCCACUGUCAGAGCAGAGCGUGGCACAGCACAUUACGGACAAAUUGGCUAUGACCUCCAAUAUAAUGCAGUCUGCCAAGGAACAAAUAAAGUGGUCGAUACUCAAAUGAUCCACACCUGCCUGUUCAAAGGUCAAAUGUCUUACAGUAGAAUGGACAGUACGAAUUAAUGUGUACAUAUUAAGUGGGGUAUUUAGCGUUUUAUGCUUAAAUAGGCUAUAUUUAUGGUAAUUAGUGGCAAAUACGGGCGUUUUUCCUACGAAGGCAAACUGACAUUUAUAUGUAUUAUAAUGGAAAUAAUCUGUUUAAUUUAUUUGAUUUGCAAUAAAAAUCGGAAGAUAUUAUGCUAGAUUAUAGCAUAUGAUUUUGUUAAUUUCCCUUAACCCACAAAAGUACUCUGUAAAGAAAUGUUUGAACCAAACCAAAAAAACUGAAUUUUGUUGUAAUGUGUGCAGUCCUACACAACUAUGGAAACACUGUUGCUUAGGCUUCAAAGGGGGAAAUUAAUGCCAGUAAUUAUGAAGUUAUGUUACAGUGAACUUUAAAUAUGAAGAUUUCUUAGUUUAACAGAAAAGGGCAAUAGCCUGUGUAGUGUUACAGUAGUCCUGUUUGUAGUUGAAAGUCAGGUUACCCCAUGUUAAUUUAUAUUUUAGAAUGAUAUAAUGUGUGUUCAUAAUAAAACGUAGUUGGCAUAGGUAGGUAGACCUGUGUUUUUUCUAAAGCACUGAGAACACCAUUAGGACCAUAAGAAUAAAAUAUAUUUUGUUACUUGCCUAUGAUGGACAAAUAAACUAUUUGAAUAUUUCCUAAUUUCAACGCCAAAGACUGAGAUUAAUAAUAUUUGACGAUAGAUAAUAUUUUGUUUAUAUAUUAUCAAGUAGGCUAAUCAUUGUUCGUUUUAUUGAUUUCUAUUGGCAGAUUUUUUUCUAAUUUUAGUCUGCCUGUUGUCAAGCUAAUUAAAAUAUAUAUUUUUGUA